UAUUAUUCCGCUUCUAUUCGCCAAAAACAUCACUAAAAACUCUUCAGAUGCAAAAACGUCAUGACGGACGCAAGCGACAUCUAUCGGCGCUUUGUGGAGGCUCCGUUGCGUCUCAAGACGCGAACAUCUUCCCCUUCACCUCCUUCGACGCCCCCUCCAUCAGCACAGCAGUAUGACGCUUCCAAUCCGAGCCCUUGGGCCGAUUCACCUGCAUUAUCCACGCGAUCCAAAGAGCUCCAGAAGCUGCGGCGGCGCGUAGCUAAAAUCAAGCUUUUCGCAACGGAUGUGGCGAUUCCGAGGGAUUUAGAUGACGAAUUCAAGGCUGUAGCAGAUCUGGACAUGGAAAGCGCCGCUGGAACGAGCUCCGUGGACGCAGGUAUCACAAAAUUAAGACAGAAUAAGGCAGGAUCGGGGAAUAAAGAUCCCAAUACAGUAUUGAAAAAGAAGAAGCGCGUAACGCGCUCCUCGAGCAUGACGAACGAGGACACAGGAAUGGAUUUUAUGGAUACACCAACGAGGUCGUCGAAGCCGCCCAAACGACUUCGUAAGCACAGUCGGGAUUUGAGUAGCAAGAAAGAAAGCGGAAAGGAGAACUGCAACAUUCCUUCUUUCAGCCUGGAUGGUACCGAGAUAGAGAAUAACAAGCAGAAAGAUGCUACAGAAUCGAAGGCAAAGUCUUCUACACCGAAGAGAAGAACGUCUGUGAUGAUCGCUUUGCCAGUUCGUCGAAGUCGACGACUGCAGCAUGUUAAAGCGGAGUCGCCGGUGCUUAUAGUAGCGGCGACAUCGUCUCGGCAAGCCAAAGAGGUCUUAAAGAUAACAGAACCAGCAGCAACUCUUCCAACUGAAGAAUCUGUGGAGAAAGUGUCGGAUGAAAUGACGAGUUCGGAUCCAGUGACUUUGCCAACGGAGGAACCAGCAGAUCAAGCGCCGCCAGAUUCAAUCUCGACGUAUUGCGACAAAUUAUUGGCAACGAACACCAUAUCUGGAUGCUUUUUUGCAUUGUCAUGGAAUGCUCUUCGCGACGUCCAGGAUUCGUUUAUUGCACAAUCGACAUCAAGUGAGUCGAAUCCGCUCGAGAGUGUGUUCUCUAUUUGCCUUGGCAUCGCGGAGUGCGAGAAACUAGCCCAACAUUCGUUCCCAUCGAAAUCACCAAAGCCAAAGUCGAAAAUGCCAAGACGACGAUCCUCUGGAAAAAUAGCAAUGAAAGCCAAGAAGACGAAGAAGCGGGUCCAUUUCCGGAGCUUCGAUCUCUCCUGCUUGAACUUGCAAUACGUGGAAGACGAGCAAGUCGCUGUCAUGGUCGACAAGAUUUUAACCUGCUACGGGACCAUCAUGGAGCAGCUUGAAAAGAUGGUAUCACACUUUGAUAAUGAGACGGAUUCUCCAGUGCAAACAGUGCUACGUGAGCUUUCACGCGUGAUGGCGAGUCCGUCUAACAUUUACAGCUGCAACGGUACAUCGGAUGCGUCAAGGAGGACGUAUCGGCAUGCUUUUGGCGGACGAGACUCCUACAGCCAGCACGAAAUCCAGAUUUGCGGCGAGUACUUCGCCCGUCAGUUCGCCAACCUGUUGCUUCUUCGCUCAUCAUCACCGUCUCCGCAGUUCCUACAAGGUGUUUUCUCGUCUCUAGCGUCUUCUUCCGUACGAUUCAAGCUACGAGUUCUUUUCAUCGAGAGCGAAGACUUUGGUGAGGGUGUUGACGACGGCGAGCUCGAAAGUCGGAUACUGCUAGACGAGGACGGCAAACCUUUCCCAGCCAUGGCGCCGUAUGAACAUCAGGACCUUGGAGCGGCUAUUCACUGGGCAUUGCAGGAAUCUGUUUUGUAUUGGCCACUGGUCAAGCCGCUUUAUAAUAUGUUGGAGCGUGAGGAGGGUAGUAGUGAACGUUUUGAAGAAGAUUCUCCCGUUAAGACAUUCCUGGACGAAAACGCAGCCGAGGAUCUCGACCACAUGGAGAAAUACGUCCUGGCUCGCCGUUUUCUGAGAUUUCAUCUAACGAAGUCGUGGCGUCAUCGAUUAAAGGACAGUGACGUUGCUGAGACAUGGACAUCGAUUGAGAAGGUGUGCUCUCUGGCGAAAAGGUAUGUGGACAUCGAUACUUCUCUUCUCAAUCUAGGUAGUAAUUGCUGUUUGGUAUGGUAUGAUCUAGGUUUCACUUUGAGGAUGAAGCUCAUCUCUUUCCUUUGGCUUCCGUUGAAGACUUCAUUGCUGUGUUGGCACGUGAAGAACCCACAUUACAGCGAAUGGAGGCGAUGUUGCAAUCGUUCUACGAACAGAAAUACGGGACGAGUUCUUUGCAGCCGGAACCGUGCAUGGAAUGUCAUCAUCUCAUUACGAGGGAGGAGAUUUCGCUCUCCAUCAGGUGCACCUCGUGUGCGCGUCGAUUCCACUUGGGAUGUCUGCAUCUACCGGAGUCCUUCGCUCAGUAUGCAGACCACUACACUUGUCCUGCGUGCUUUCUCGGUCGCGGAGGGUAUUGACGUGGGCACGAGUCAUUUAAAAGUUUGGGUUCGUAAGUUAGGAACUGAAAUUAUAGACACUUAAAAGUGAAUACAUUGAAUGCUAUAGACUUCCUCGUCAACACAGCUAUAGCCCUACCUCUUCAACAACUCGCUUCCUCUUCGGUUUCGGGCCAGGCUUUCGUCGACCGGUACCGUCAUCAGAGAAGUAGAAGUCCAGCGGCGUCUUCAGCGAAGUAUCAGGCGUAAUCGGGGAGGCAUCUACGGGCCAAGGAGUGAAGGAAGUCGAGUAACACGCCAGAUAAUUCUCGAUCGAGUUCUGCUUCGUGUCGUACAACGAGUCGAUACGACGCUGCUCCAACUCGGAGGCGUGGAUCGCGUGCAAACACGGGAACUGCUGGUCCUGCCAGUCCUGGCAUGUGCACUCCCAAUCGACAAGGUUCACAUGACGCCAACUAUCGGGGAUUUUCAGUCGCGUCGGACCUAGAUAGCGCACCAUGUAGAGUCCGUUCGCACAAGGAAUGGACUGGACCGUACAAAUUAGUAAGAAUAACACACAAACACACCAGCAC